CCUCGGUUACUGUGGUAACCGCUUUCAAACAACAACAACAACAACGCCGUGCCGUGAGGUCGAGUUAAAGUGUAGAUACAUGUUUUACGCUUGAUCCGUUUCUAAAUGUCGAUAAAGGAGGAUGGGCAUUUGCCACCCCUGCCAGCGCCCGAAAGGACUUUUCCAGGCAAGGGGGUUCAAUGGCAAGUGAAGCCUGUCUCAGUAUUAGUCAGAAGUAAAGAUGCUGAUAAACCUGGCUAUCUUUCAACCUGGCCUGCCCAUGCCUCCUCUCAGACUGUCCAGCAGAAAUACCCUUUGUCUGGAUUAAACAGGCAUCAUGGAUGCAGUGAUGAAUUUGGAGGUCGCGCAACAAAGCCGCGUUUUCUGGAACAACUCCAGUCCUAUCUGAAGAGAGAGCUGACAGCUCUAGACACGCUCAGCCCCAAACUCCAGGAGCGCAAACUUCAGGUGUACCAGGAAGUUUUUGACAGUUUAAUUGAAGAGUUUACAACGUACAAGCCGCUGUUGUCUACCAUCAAGAAUGAAUAUGACAUCACGCUAGCGUAUUUGCAGGAGCAGAUCCGUGAGCUGAAGCCUCUGCGUUCCCAGUUGGUGCUCUUGUCUGAACAGUGUGAUAAGAAGGUUCUGGAGUUGAGGAAGAAUGAGAGAGCUGAGAUCAGGGCUUUAAAACAGGAGCGCCAGCAUUUUCAGCAAGUCAUUGAGGGAAUGCGGGAGCAACAGAGAGCCUUGGAGACCCAGGUUUACCACCUACAGGAGGAGCUAGCGGCCCAGUAUCUGCAGUACAGGGAUGAGUGUGAUGCCCGCAAGCUGCUCAUUGCCAAGAUCAGCAGCAUGAGCUACAACACUGAGGAAGAGCCUGAUGGAGACUAUAAUGAGGUGCAAUCUGAGGAUCCUGUAACUGUGAAGCUGGCUCUGAAAGUGUGUAGAGAGGAUCUAACCAGAGCCCAGGUGGAGCUGAACCGCUUGCAUGCUGAGUAUGGAGAAGUUGUUCCUCAUAGAGACUGGGAGAAUUUAGAUCACAUGUACAAGGAGAACCUACUACAGCUGGAGACCUUACAAUCAGACUUUAACCAAAUGAAGUCAGAAUAUGACAUUCUACUAGACGAACACCGUAAGGUCAGCUUGCAAAAAGACAAUCUUCAGAGGGAACUAGAUGUUUUCCAAGAAGCCUCCACUCCUAGACCACACUGGGAGCAAUGUGCAGACGUGCUUGGUGGAAGGGAACGCUGGUCUGAGAUCUUUGAGGGUCAGUCCAGUAAAAAAAGGCUGGAGGUCCUGUUGGAGGAGCUAAACAGCAUGGGCAUGGAGCAGAAGGAUUUUUUCCCAGGAAUGGGUACCUCCAGUAAUGUUCCCAUCUACCUGCGCUACGAGGGGCAGCUAAAGAACCUCAGGCUGAAUAAAGCUGAUGUUGUCAGAAUUAUAAAAGACAUAUGGAGGGAGAAAGCAUUUGAAGAUGAGAAGAGAGAAAACAGCAGCGACCUGAAGGAGUUUCUACACCAGUACAUGCAGAGACAGUAUGGAGGGCAGGCUGGAGAGUGGAUCUACAGUUUGAUGCACUGCAUUAAUUGCAACCUAAAAGAUGACUUUAUUAGCCUCUUCUAUGACAUACUCACUGACAAGGUGCACGAGAGUUUGUACCACAGCCAGACCCAAAUGCUUUCCCACCUCCUUAAGGUGUUCGUACAGAGUGACAGCACUGAGAGUGGUUUGUUCACUGCAUCUGAAUUCAGUGAGGCUCUCAGGAAAGCUUUUCCACUGAAGGGAGAUCAGGAUUUAGAGGAACUGAUAGCAGCUGCACAGUCAGAACUGGAGACCAGUGAAGGAAGCAUUGCCUAUCAGAGGCUGUACACAGAGGAUACAGAUGGGAAGCAUGGUCACUUCCUUGGUAUAGUGAAAAGGCAGGCUACAACAGAGAGACAUCAGUACAUCAACCAGUUGAGGACUCAGCUGGAGGGCAAAGAGGAAGUCAGUGUGGAGGACUUAACAUCUGCUUUCAAAAAGAUUGAUCCUACACUGGACUCAGAAUCUCUGAAACGGUACCUACAGAUAGCCUUUCACACUAAAGACCCACACCUGCACCCAGAACUUCUGAGCACUGAAGUACCAAUACAGCGCCUCUCUGUGGCCAACGUGUGCAGGGCAGGACUCAUGCCUCACCCAGAGUAAACUCUCCAUUGUUUGAUUUUUAUAUAAUAUUUAAUAACAUAUCAUGUACACUCUUAUAUGGAUCCUGAUCUUGGAACAAAUGUUUAUAAGAAAGUAUGCCUAUCAAUGCUCUCAUGCAAAAACUACUUUAUGUACAAUGGAUGCAAAAACUUUUUCCUUGGCCAGCAGUUGACCUCAAAACCUAAUCAACCAAAGCAUUUAAGUUACUAAUGUACGUUUAGACUACAAGAAAGCUGCAAUAAGCAAAAUCAGACACAAAUAACAAUAUGAUGAUUUCUCUUAAAUCCUCCAUUUUUAUUAUUUAUUUUCUAUCCAUUCAUUAUUAAAAUGUAUGAAUAUAAAGAAUAACUGUCUGAUUCAACUUAAAAGUGAAAGUCAAAAAGUGAAAAGAGCAACAUUAGAGGAUUAGAGAGUUUUUGUGAAAACAUGGAUAUGAGAUUGGUUAAUUGUAUAAUCAAGAGAAAUAGAAAAGUAACAAACAAAUACUAUCACUUGUCCUUGUGCUUUUUAUGUUGACAUGUUUUUAUAUUUUAUUUUAAAGAAACAUUAAAAGCUACCAAAAGCUA